CAAACCCAGCCUCGAUCGAGCGAAAUCACCAGCUAGAGCUACCCACGGCCAGCUGCCACGCUUUUGGAAGACGCACGCAACAGCCGAGCAGCCAGCAGCUAGCUAGCAAGCGCAAGCUGCGGGGAGUAGUAGUCUAGCUAUCAUCGAUGGCGAGCCUUCGGGUGGUGGUCUUGUUUGUCGCCGCCACCGUCAUGUUCGUGGCGUUCGUGCCGCCGCCCGCCGUCGCGCAGCUGAGGACGGACUACUACGCCAGUGUCUGCCCCAACCUCGAGAACAUCGUCCGGAACUCCGUCAGGCAGUCCAUGGCGCAGUCCCAGAUCUCGGCGCCCGCCGCGCUCAGGCUCUUCUUCCACGACUGCGCCGUCAUGGGCUGCGACGCGUCGAUCAUGAUCACGAACUCGAACGGCGACGACGAGUGGCGAAACAGCGACAACCAGUCGCUGAAGCGGGAGGGGUUCACGACGAUCCUGAGCGCCAAGGCCGCCGUGGACAGCGACCCGCAGUGCCGCAACAAGGUGUCGUGCGCGGACAUCCUGGCCCUCGCCGCCAGGGAAUCCGUCCUCCAGAGUGGCGGGCCGUACUACCCAGUGGAGCUGGGCAGGUACGACGGCCGGGCGUCGACCAGGGCCAGCGUCGUGCUCCCGCGCGUCAACUUCAACCUCGACCAGCUCAACGCCUUCUUCUCCGGCCUCGGCUUCAACCAGACCGAGAUGGUCGCCCUCCUAGGAGCCCACACCCUCGGCGCGGCAGACUGCCCCUUCUUCCAGUACCGGAUCGGCAGCGACCCGACCAUGGACCAGGGCCUGGCGUCGCAGCUGCGCGGCACCUGCGGCUCCAACCCCACCAACGGCUUCGCGUUCCUGGACCCCUCGCCGGUGACCUUCGACAACGCCUUCUACCGGAACCUGCAGGGCGGCAGGGGCCUCCUGGGCUCCGACCAGGUGCUGUACAGCGACACGAGGUCCCGCGGCGCCGUCGACAACUACGCGUCCAACCAGGGCGCCUUCUUCGCCGACUUCGUGGCGGCCAUCACCAAGCUCGGGAGGGUCGGGGUCAAGACGGCGGCCAACGGCGAGAUACGCCGUGACUGCCGGUUCCCGAACUAGGGAGAGCACCUCGAUCGCCGACCAGUUGACAUCAUUGAUACAUGCAUGUAGCCAUUAAGCCAUGUAAUAACAUAUAUUAAAGUACUAUUAGUCUAUAACGGUUGACGGAUGUAAUUACAAUAAGCUUGAUCAUGGCUUUGAUUCAGGGGCCUGAUGAUGUCUAUGACAGUUACCUCCUUGUGAUGUGCCUAAAGUUUCUAUC